AUUUUCUUUUUAAAAGAAUAUUUUUUUAUGAGGAAAAUAUAUAAGAAAGAAUCAGUGAGUUGAAUGGAAGAUUUUUAACAACGUAUCAUUGCAUUCCAAAGCGUGAAUAAGUAAUGUUAAAAAGUAGAAUUAGCGAUUGUGAGAAGAAGCAAAAAACGACGCAAUGCCGAAAUCGUUUCAUUCCAUUUACGCUCAUUGGCGAAUAAAAUGAUUCUAUCUCUUGUAGCCUUGCAUAAAAUACGUCAAAAUAUUCUGGUUUUACCACUUUGAGUGAAAAAAAAAUAACCGAAGACAAAGAGUUGUUGUGGUUUCUUCGGUUCAAUGCUUUCGCAUAUAUAUUCGUGCUUAUAUCUUACUUGAAAUUUUGUUCGCGAGUGCAUUUUUGUUAUUGCUAGCAAACCUUGUGUCCAUAAAGAGCCAGCCAUUCAUAUUUUUCAAUCGCCUUUUUUUCAACGCUAUAGAUUUUAAACAAUAUAUCGAGACACAGUUGGCCAUUCACUAUGUGCGAUUAGUUAUGAGAAAGACUUCAUUCGCGUAUGUGUCAACUAACGAUAAUGACUGUGUACUUUGCCUGUGAUUUUCGUUUGUUGAUUUAUCUUUAUUAGAAAUGAUUAAAAAUAAUCAACACAUAUAAACCACAAUUUACAAGCAUUUUAAGUCGCUUGAACAAUCUACACGCAGUCAAUUAAAUCUAAAUCAAUAAACUGAAAAAUAGACGAGAAAAUUGUUGCCUAUUUCUUGAAUAGCAAAUGAAAAUCAACGACAACAAUGUGAUCGAGUCGUGAAACAGCAAUUUUGAGAAAAAAUAAAAUUACAACGCACAUUUUUUUAUAAUGGAAGUGUGUCUCAUCAAGAAAUAUAUGUGUAUAUUUGUGUUUAAUGUGAUUUUUACAGAUCUUUGUUAUAUUAUUUACCGGCCAGUGCUUUGUUGUUGAAAUUGCUUGUUUCUCAAAGAUAAAGUUGUGAAUGCCUAAAAAUAUGGAUCAAGGGAAGUGUAACCUUCAAUUAAACGCGUAAUGACCAUGAACACUUGAGAUCUUGUAUGAAAUUCAAAGAGAAUGGCUGCAGCCAUAAUUCCAGUAACGCCGGCGAUGAAUGCUAGCUCACUUUCGGUGUCAGAGUGUGAAACCAUUGAACCGUCUGUGUUGUCAGCGACCUUUUUCAUUCGACGAAAAGAGUAUAGUGUGUAUUUAGAUGCUGAAAAACUAGUCUGGGAACGUACGAAAUCGAAAAAUGAUCGAAAUAGUGUAUUGAUUGAAAACAUAUUAGCCAUUAAAUCGCAAGUCAGAAAAUCGUCGUCAGUGUCUGAAACACAACAAAAUUCUCACUCAAGUGUGGAAACCGAUACACCGUCUAACAUAAAACAAUUUACGAUUUUUUAUGCAAAACGCGUCGAAAACUCAUCAAACCCUAAUAAAUGGCGGAAUUUAUCUCAAACAUUCCAAAAUAAUGAUAUUCAAGUUUGCCAAUUAUGGAUACAAACGCUACAGCGUCAAAUCAGCGAGCAAGUUGCGCGACCAAGGCGGCUAUUGCUGUUUGUGAAUCCAUAUGGUGGAAAGAAGCGAGCGUUACAAAUCUACGAUGGAAUAGUCAAACCAAUAUUCCAAUUGGCCGGCAUUGAUGCGACAACCAUCAUAUCACAACGUUCAAAUCAAAUACGUGACUUCAUUAUGACACAAUCACUAGAGCAUUUUGAUGGAAUCGUUUGCAUUGGGGGUGAUGGCACAUUUUCUGAACUCUUCAAUGGAUUUAUAUUUCGAACGCUCAAGGAUUUAGGUUAUGAUGAUAUAACCAAUGUAGACGAAAUGCCGAAGAUAAAUGACAAACAACUCAUUCCACUUGGAUGCAUUCCGGCAGGCAGUACAGACACAGUUGCAUAUUGUUUGAAUGGAACAUGUGAUGUACGAACGAUUGCAUUGAAUAUUGCACUUGGUCAAGUGAACGGGUUAGAUUUAUCCAGUGUAAGCAAUCAAAACGGACGAUUGUUGAAAUUUUACGCAAGCGUUAUGUCGUAUGGAUUUUUAGGUGAUGUCGCCAUCGAAUCAGAGAAAUUUCGAUGGAUGGGCCCAUCACGUUAUGAUUAUAGCGGUUUUAAAAAACUGCUACUGAAUCGUGGGUAUGAUGGUGAGGUCUCGUUGCUGGUAGAUUCAUUUGCAAAUGAUCCGUUGAAAGGUCCGGAGUGCCUUGAAAAUUGUCCAGUUUGUGAAACUACAGACGAACCAAAUCAAAUGACUGUGAUAAAGAAUACAACGGAAAUUAUUGAUGAUAAAUGCAACAAUCACGAACGAGUCAAUGCAAUAGAUGACGAAAAUCAGCCAGCCAUUCACAUCGAUAUUCAUGUAAUGAAUGCAAAGAACAACACAAAAGAGAAUACGGAUCAAUGUCAAUAUGUAAAAACCAUUAAUGGCAAAUUUUUUAUGGUGAAUGGUGCAAACAUCUCCUGUGCAUGUCCCCGAUCGCCAAAUGGAUUUUCGAAAUUUUGUCACUUGUGCGAUGGCUACAUCGAUUUAAUCCUAGUACGACACACAUCAUUUUUGAAUAAUUUACGAUUUUUAUUGGCUAUGUCGUCAGGUCGAAAUUGUAAAAUUACGGAUUUGAAUCAUGUGGAAAUUUAUCGAACAAAAAAGUUUUCAUUCAAACCAACUGGAAUACAAACCGGUGCCUCUACAUUUAAUUUACAUAGUUCUCGCGUUCCGAUAAGUAAUUCGAAUGAUACAAAGCAUUCUAGUGUAUGGAACUGUGACGGAGAAGUGGUUCUUGAUUCUGAUAUUUCAAUUAGAUCACAUCGUCGCCUUAUAAACGUUUAUCGAAGGGGAAUGUUUAAUGCUCAAAAAGAUGCAGUUGUUAAUAAGAGCGAAGCCAACAUUCCAUGUUGUUGCUAAUAUUAUAAGUCCCUAUUUUGGCAAAAUGCUCAAUUUUUUAUGCUCGAUAUAUAAUAUUGUGUUCUUUUCAAUUGGGAUAUAGGAAGCAACACUUUAAUAAUAUUAAUUUAGGUGUUUUGUCGCAAAGACCUUGUGUAAAAAUUGGAUUGUGGAUUUGAUCAGAUAUUUAAAAUGUGAUGGUUUUAUCGUGGUUAAUAUAAGAGACUUUUGAAGUAGUAUUUUCUUAGCAGUUGGCCUAUAAGCAAUUUAUCUCUAUAUUUCUCUUCCAUUUUAUGACUUUAAUUUCGGAUUGUUCGAUUACACAAGUUAAUAGUUAGUUUUAGGUUGGCUCUUGAUGCCGUUAUUAUCGUAAUAAAGUGGUAUUUUGCUAAAUACCUGUUUUAGGGUGCUAUUCAACAAGUGAGCUUAAUGUUAGCCGAUGUCCAAGUGCCAAGUGAAAGAUUACUUUUUUUUUACGGAAUCAAUAAAAAUGACGAAUAUCAUUUGAAAGAAUC